AUGGCGCUUCUGAGUCCGCACCUUCAUCGCUUUUACUCCUCGAACAGUCGCCGCCAAUCCAAAACAACCGCCGACUCUAGCGGUGGCCUUGUUGUCUAUCCCACGUACGGCCGUCGUCACCGUUGCUGCGCGAUUGCGAUCGACGCGCCGUCGUCUCUGACUAGCGUGACGCCGAUUCGAUGGGGAUACACGAGCGUCCAAGGAUUCCGUGACGAGAUGGAGGACGACAUCGUCAUCCGUACGGAUGCUCUUGAUAGCUUCUCCUUCGCCGCGGUUCUCGACGGCCACGCUGGAUCGUCCUCUGUCAAAUUCCUCAGGGAAGAGCUGUACAAGGAAUGUGUUGGGGCAUUGCAAGUUGGAUCGUUGUUGAGUGGUGGUGAUUUCUCUGCGAUCAAGGAAGCUUUGAUUAAGGCCUUUGAAAGCGUGGAUCAGAGUUUGCUCAAAUGGCUAGAGACAAACGAUGAAGAAGACGAAUCGGGCUCAACAGCUACUGUAAUGUUAAUCAGAAAUGACGUUUCCUACUUUGCACAUAUCGGUGAUUCGUGCGCAGUCCUAUCUCGAUCUGGGAAAAUCGAGGAAUUGACUGAUUCUCAUCGUCCAUAUGGAAGCACUAAGGCAGCCGUUCAAGAAAUGAAGAGAAUCAAAGAAGCAGGUGGAUGGAUUGUUAAUGGAAGGAUUUGCGGAGACAUAGCUGUUUCUCGUGCUUUUGGUGAUAUCCGGUUCAAGACAAAGAAGACUCAGAUGUUAAAGAAGGGUGUCAAUGAAGGUAGAUGGUCCGAGAAGUUUGUUUCGAGAAUCGAGUUUAAAGGGGACAUGGUUGUCGCAACUCCAGAUAUCUACCAAGUACCUCUUACAUCUGAUGUGGAAUUCAUUAUUUUAGCUUCUGAUGGAUUAUGGGACUACAUGAAGAGCUCAGACGUGGUUAGUUUCGUAAGGGAACAGCUCCGGAAACAUGGAAAUGUCCAGCUUGCUUGUGAAGCUCUUGCGCAAGUAGCUUUGGACCGGGGAUCAGAGGACAACAUCAGCAUCAUCAUUGCUGAUCUAGGAAGAACAGAGUGGAAGAAUCUCCCUGUGCAGCGACAAAACACGGUGGUUGAACUGGUUCAGGCAGCAGCAACUGUCGGUAUAGUUAGUGUUGGCAUAUGGAUGACUUCGUUUCUCUCUUGA